UCAAGAUGGCGGACGGCAAUAGAGAAAAGUGAUGAGGACAGGACAACAAAUGAUACAACUAGCCUCAAUUUAGACAUUCAAUAUCUUAUUACUAUCCUCACUGUUCACCGGAUAUUUGCAGAAACGUUGCGAAUUAAUCAGACUUGUGUGGAAGGAGCGCAUAACCUAGUUUGCGCUUAUGUUAAAGAUUUAGGUAGCUAGCUAGCCAGCUGCUAACGUUAUCUGCGGAAGAAGAGGCACGUUGCAGCCAAAAAACAAGUACUGUUUUUGAGCUGAAUGCGUGGUAGACUUUUGUAUAUUCGGUCACCGAUUAUAAUACCUAUAACGCAAGGUAACGUUAGGUUGGCAUAAACAGCGUUGCGUUCUCCGAUUUGGGCUUGCUAGAUAGAUAAACUAGCUAAUCGACUUCGCUAUCUAGCUAGCGUCAACUGAGUGAGGAUUUUUUUUUUUACUGACGACAUGGCUCACUCCCCGGUUCAGAGUGGCAUUCCAGGGAUGCAGAACUUUAAAGCUGAUCCAGAGGAGCUGUUCACCAAGCUGGAGAGGAUAGGGAAAGGCUCUUUUGGAGAGGUGUUCAAAGGCAUUGACAAUCGGACUCAGAAAGUAGUGGCCAUUAAGAUAAUUGACCUUGAGGAGGCAGAGGAUGAAAUCGAAGACAUUCAACAGGAAAUAACAGUCCUUAGCCAGUGUGACAGUCCCUUCGUUACCAAGUAUUAUGGAUCAUAUCUGAAGGAUGCAAAAUUAUGGAUUAUUAUGGAAUAUUUAGGAGGAGGAUCAGCUCUGGAUUUGUUGGAGCCGGGUGCCUUGGACGAAACCCAGAUAGCCACAAUUGUCAGAGAGAUCCUGAAGGGGCUUGAAUACCUGCACUCUGAAAAGAAAAUCCACCGAGAUAUUAAAGCUGCCAACGUGCUGCUGUCGGAGCAAGGAGAUGUGAAGCUGGCAGACUUUGGAGUGGCGGGGCAGUUAACGGACACUCAGAUAAAGAGGAACACGUUCGUGGGCACUCCGUUCUGGAUGGCACCUGAAGUCAUAAAACAGUCUGCGUACGACUCAAAGGCGGAUAUCUGGUCGCUAGGCAUAACGGCCAUAGAGCUAGCCAAAGGAGAGCCGCCCCACUCAGAGCUCCACCCUAUGAAGGUCUUAUUCCUCAUCCCAAAGAACAACCCGCCCACGCUGGAAGGAAACUACUGCAAACCCCUCAAAGAAUUCAUUGAAGCCUGUUUGAACAAAGAGCCCAGCUUUAGGCCAACUGCCAAAGAGCUGCUGAAACACAAGCUGAUCGUCCGGCACGCCAAGAAGACAUCCUACCUUUCAGAGCUGGUGGACAAGUACAAGAGGUGGAAAGCAGAGCAGUCUCGGGAGGAAUCCAGCGACGAUGAGUCGGACUCGGAGCAGGAUGGCCAGGCGUCUGGAGGGAACGACUCUGGGAACGAUGACUGGAUCUUCAACACCAUCAGGGAGAAGGACCCCAAGAAGUUCCAGAACGGAGCCGCCCAGCCUGAUGAGCUGGAGAGGAACAAGGUGCAAGAAAGUCCAAAGAGGCCUUUGUCACAGAGCUUGUCCACUAUAAUUUCCCCUUUGUUUUCUGAGUUAAAAGAGAAGCAGGUUGAGGCGACCAAUGGCAAGCCAGAGGCUGUAGAUGAGUUGAGGGAGGCCAUUUUCCUGGCAGAAGAGUCAUAUCCUGGCAUCUCUGACUCCCUGGUGUCUGAACUAGUGCAGAGACUACAGAGGUUCUCUCUACCCGGGGCCGCCUCCUCUCAGUAAGACCUGCUGUGUCCAGCAACCAUCCACCUCCCACCCAUAGCAGCAGUCAGUCCAUGGCCUCUGACAUCAACAGCCAAGAUGAAGUCUCCCAGGAAGUUCUCAUCACUCAUUCGCCUAAAGCAAAACCUCGACCCACUUUAUCUCUACUUGUCCACGCCAACAUAUUGUCACAUUGGGGACAGUCAGUGGCUAGUUGAUAAUCUGCCACCUUGACUUCCACCUGCUGUAAGACAUCUUAGUCUCAUUAACUCCAACAUGAGUGCAGUUUAUUUUAGGGGGGGGGGGGAAUUUCAUUCACAAUUCUUCUAAAAGAACCAUUGAUUUAAAAAAGUUGGUGUGGCUUAUUCUGAAAUGUCUAUCUGCAGCCUUUGGGGGAGUAUGUAACUUUCUUUAGUUUGCGUGGUUGUGUGCGAGUCAGUGUGUGCGAGCGCAUGUGAGCAUCUCCCUUGAUAUCCUGUGAAAUGUGCGGUGGAGAUUUGAAGCAUUCGUUUUGAAAACUCAGGUGUCCUGCUUUAAGUGGAUGUGGUUCUCUGGGAGAUGGAGAGAGCUCUGUUGGGUGGCUGUACAAACUUGUAUAUAGGCACAUUUUUACAGAUAUUGAGAAAUAAUGGCGUGUACGCAAAGGAAUCACUGUGUACAAAUGGCCAAAUGCUUCUGUAGAUAUAUUCUGUUAGAAAAGGUAAAUAUUUAAAGAGACAUAAAUGGCCAUAACUGAGAUUGCCUUGCCUUUAUUACUUGUUAUUUUGUAUUUCAAUCUUUGAUUCCCUCUUGUUUUAAUACAUUUUUCAAGGACACUCAUCAUUUCAAUGGCUGCCCCCUGUCCUGUUUUUAUGUUGAUUGACACUUUGGGUACCUAUGUUACUUAAAUGCUCUUUGACCUUUUGAAUUCACACUAUGUUAUGGCUGUCAUUGCAAUGCAGUGGAGACCAUAGAAACAAAACCUUUCUAGCUGGAUCACAUCUAAUCCUCUCCAGUCUACACACUGGAUGCUAUGUUCCCAGCUCCAUCUUCAUGAGGCCACAUGGUUUUAUGACGAUGGUUGUUGGAUUGUUCCCCUGUCCGUCACAUGUGUUAGAUGAGCGCUUUAGUUUAGUUAUAUGGAAGGUUCACCUGCCCUCUCCUUUUAACAUAGCAGUAACUUCAACUACUUAAUCCUCAACAGACAAGUCUUCCUGGGAGCUGCAAUUGAUUCCCUCAGUGUACCAACCGCUUGAAUUGCACUUGGAAAAUAAAUGCCUUUUUAUUGUAGACAAAGUAGCCAUAAGACUGUAGCAUGAGAAUUCUUGUAUAGGUAUGUGUCAUGCUACGUAAGGACUGUCCACCUGAAGCAGCACAGCUUUGAGAACAGAAGAACCGAUAUGAUCUCCUGUAAAUUGGAUUUACACACACAGGGUUUAGUUUAAACGGAUUGCAGAAGUGCGUUUAGUAUAUUCAUACUAGUUGACGUCGCUGCUCAUAGAUCUAAAAAGUUGCAGAAAGCCAGCAGCCAUUAGGAAACAUACUGCACUUCCCUGCUGCUACAGACUCCGUGUAGUUUGAAAUGAAUGUGCAUGGAAAAAUAGCUCCUGUGAAUUGAACCGCACAGUAUGUGUUGUAGCAUACUACAGGACUCUGAACAUGAUGUACUGGACCUUGAGUGUUAAAAGCCUUAGCAUCUUUGGCGAGAGGAGUGCAGAGUCACAGCUUUAAAAAGAUUUGAGCCAAGUGUUUUUUUUGGGGGUCGAUUUUGUCCUUUUUGUAAUUGGUAGAAAUCCUGCAGCUAUCAAGACAUGUAUGCAGCAGUGUUUCAAAUAAACAAAUCGUGGCAAGGCGUUCAACUUUUAAUCCCAUUCUAUCGCAGCAUGGCCAAAUUAACGAUUGACCUACGUGUGCUUUAAAAAAAAAAAA